AUGGCAAUGCGAUCACUGAGCUUGCUGCUGCUGUUGUUAUGCACCUCCAUGUCCAUCUCAAUGCUCGCCGCCGCAUCAGCAAACGAAGAGCUGGCCGCGCUUCUGGCCUUCAAGGCGGCGGCGAUCAGCGGCGGGUACGUUGACCCGCUUGCUUCAUGGAACGAGACCAGCGCCGGUGGCAGUGGGUACUGCAGCUGGGAGGGGGUGAGAUGCUGGGGCAAGAACCGGCAAGUGGUGGAGCUGAGCCUGCCCUCACGUGGGCUCAUAGGCGUCCUCUCGCCGGCCAUCGGUAAUCUGUCAUCCCUCUGGACUCUCAACUUGAGCAACAACGGGUUCCGCGAUGGCAUCCCCGCGAGCCUCGGCCGCCUGCAACACCUCCAUAACCUUGACCUAAGCCACAAUGCCUUCUCUGGUAAGCUCCCCACCAACCUGAGCUCCUGCACCAGUCUGGUGUCCAUGGACCUAAGCUCCAACCAGCUCCAUGGGCGUGUGCCACCCGAGCUUGGUGACAACCUCAAGAGCCUCAGGGGUCUCGAUCUCUUCAGCAACAACUUCACCGGCACCAUCCCGGCAUCACUGGCCAACCUGUCGUCUCUGACUAUCCUGGACCUUGGAUUAAACCAGCUGGAGGGCAGCAUCACGCCCGAUCUAGGCGGCAUCCAGGGUCUCCAAUGGCUCUCGCUAGACUACAACAAAUUAUCUGGUGAUCUCCCACGCUCCCUAUUAAACUUGUCUUCCUUGAGAACGCUGCAAGUCCAAGGAAACAUGCUCCAUGGGGGCAUUCCGUCCGACAUCGGUAGCAAGUUCCCCAACAUAAAGAUCCUCAGCUUUGGUAAGAACCAGCUAACGGGAUCCAUCCCUGCUUCACUCUCCAACCUCACCACUCUCCAAGUUGUCGAUCUUAUCACAAAUAGGCUUAGUGGGCAUGUGCCCCGGGCACUGGGGAGGUUGUGGGCUUUGGAAGCACUAAGCUUGCACGAUAACAUGCUAGAAGCAAAUGACACGGAGGGAUGGGAAUUCAUGGCUUCGUUGUCAAACUGCAGCCAGCUCCAAAGCUUCACUAUCAGCUCCAACAUCGGUCUUACUGGGCAGCUGCCAGCCUCAAUUGUGAAUCUCUCAACGACCAUGCAAGGCCUCAUGUUGGCUGACACAGGGAUCGUAGGAAGCAUUCCCUCAGAAAUUGGCAAUCUUUUUAACCUCCAGUUCUUCAGCGUGUCAAAUACUUCCAUAUCUGGAGCAGUCCCGGCUAGCAUUGGCAAGCUGGUAAACAUGGUUGAAUUAGGCUUGUACAAUACUAAUUUGUCAGGGCUUAUACCUUCAUCUAUUGGAAAUCUCUCAGAGUUGGCUUUACUUGUUGCAUUCAAUAGCAAUCUGGAGGGACCAAUUCCCAAAAGCAUAGGGAGGCUAAAGAACCUGUAUGGCCUUGAUAUGUCAAGGAACCGCCUAAAUGGUUCAAUUCCCAUAGAGAUUUUCCAACUACCACUCCUUUCUAGACAGUUAGGCUUAUCACACAAUUCAUUAUCUGGUACCCUACCUUCUGAGGUUGGUAGCUUGAGGAACCUUAACAUCCUGGCGCUAUCAGGAAAUCAACUGUCUGGUGAGAUACCUGAUAGCAUUGGGGACUGCACCGUGUUGCAGGAACUUGGGCUGGAUGACAACUUAUUUGAAGGAACAAUACCUCAAUCUCUGAGCAAUAUGAAGGGCCUGACUGGACUCAACUUGUCCAUGAAUAAGUUGUCUGGUAUCAUUCCUGAAGGCAUUGGUAGCAUGCGUGAUCUUCAACAGCUGUAUCUAGCACACAACAAUUUGUCAGGGACAAUCCCAACAAUAUUGCAAAACUUGACAUUGUCAGAAUUAGAUCUAUCCUUCAACAAUCUGCAAGGGGAAGUGCCAAAAGAGGGGAUAUUCAAAAUUUUGGCUAACUUGUCAAUCACUGGAAAUAAUGAUCUUUGUGGUGGGAUACCUGAGCUUCAUUUACCUCCAUGCCGCACAAAUGUGGUGAAAAGUAACAGAAAAGAGAAGUUGAAGUCUCUUACAAUAGCCCUAGCAACAACCGGCGCACUCUUGUUCUUAGCUUUUGCUAUUGCUACUCAAUUGAUCUGUAAGAAGCUUAGACGACGGCAGAUGAGCCCAUCCCAACCACCAAAAAUUGAGGAACACUAUGAAAGAGUUUCUUACCAUACACUAGAAAAUGGAACCAAUGGAUUUUCAGAAGCUAAUUUGCUUGGUAAAGGAAGCUUUGGGGAGGUAUAUAAAUGCACUUUUCAAGAUGAAGCAACUACUAUUGCAGCUGUGAAGGUUUUUCGCCUUGAGCAGACUAGAUCUAUAAAAAGUUUUGUGGCUGAAUGUGAAGCACUAAGAAGGGUGCGUCAUCGUUGUCUCAUAAAGAUCAUCACAUGCUGCUCAAGCAUCAAUCACCAAGGUCAAGAGUUCAAAGCACUUGUUUUUGAGUUCAUGCCCAAUGGUAGCUUAAAUGAUUGGCUUCAUUCAAAAUCUGCCAUGCCCACUUUGAGAAAUAGUCUAAGCCUGGAGCAAAGGCUAAACAUUGCUGUCGAUAUCAUUGAUGCCUUGGACUACCUUCAUAAUCACUGUCAGCCACCAAUCGUCCAUUGUGAUCUGAAGCCAAGCAACAUUCUUCUUGCAGAAGACAUGAGUGCCCGAGUUGGAGACUUUGGCAUAUCAAGAAUACUUCCAGAAAGUGCAAGUGAAGCUCUACAGAAUUCAAAUAGCACAAUUGGAAUAAGAGGCUCGAUUGGUUAUGUUGCCCCAGAGUAUGGUGAAGGUUCUUCUGUCUCAACUAUCGGUGAUGUUUAUAGCCUUGGGAUAUUGCUGCUUGAGAUGUUUACGGGAAGGAGCCCAACAGAUGAUAUGUUUAGUGGUUCCUUAGAUCUACACAGGUUUUCAGGGGAUGCUCUCCCAGAGAGAAUAUGGGAGUUAGCCGAUACAACGAUGUGGCUGCACACAGGUGCAUUUAACAGCACCACAAGAUGUAGAAUUGAGAAGUGCUUGACUUCUGUAAUUGCUCUUGGAAUAUCAUGCUCAAAGAAACAGCCUAGGGAACGAACACUCAUACAUGAUGCAGCCACUGAAAUGCAUGCUAUCAGAGAUUCAUACCUCCAUGUUAGCAGAUCGCCUAUGGUGGAAUGUGGAGUGGACAACUCUGCAGUGACUUGA